AUGACACCGGAUCUGCUACAAGCUUUCGAGAAAUGUAAAUCAUCUUUGUCUCAAGCUACUCUUCUUGCACAUCCGAAGCAUACUGCAGCUCUAGCCAUAGUUACAGAUGCUUCUGAAGCUGCCAUCGGCGCUGUCCUUCAGCAGCAGAAAGGUGAGGAUUGGGAACCCCUAGCUUUUUACUCACACAAGCUCAAUACUGCUCAAAGGAAGUAUAGUCCAUACGACCGAGAACUAUUGGCCAUAUAUGAGGCGAUCAAAUACUUUCGACACAUGGUCGAGGCACGGAACUUCUGCAUCUUCACUGACCACAAGCCACUUACUCACGCCUUCUCCCUGAGCAAAGAGAAGUGUUCUCCGAGACAGUUCAGGUACCUCGACUACAUCUCUCAAUUUACUACUGAUCUGAGAUACAUACCUGGCCCGGAGAACGUCGUCGCUGAUGCCCUCUCUCGAAUUGAGGAAGUCUCUUACACCAUCGAUUACGAGACUCUUGCACGACUUCAGGAAAACGAUUCUGAACUGCAAGGUCUUCUUCUACAUGGUUCUGCCUUGAAGCUGGAAAAGAGAAAGUGGACUGAGACUCUUCCGCUGGUUCUCCUCGGCAUGCGCAGUUCCUGGAAGGAAGACCUGCAGAGCUCCCCAGCUGAACUCGUGUACGGCGAGACACUUCGCUUGCCAGGCCAGUUCCUGUCAACAGACGACAGCUUCACCACCGCAGACAUCACGCAAUAUGCCUCCCGUCUGCAGUCACACAUGGCCAAGCUGAGACCGAGACCAACUUCGUGGCACUCAUCAUCUACAUCGCCAUUCUACAUACCACGUGACCUGUCAACCUCUUCACACGUCUUCCUACGUCAAGACCAUGUACGCGGUUCACUUCAACCACCAUACGCUGGCCCCUACAAGGUCAUCGAGAGGCAGCCUAAAUUCUUCACCCUCGAUGUCAAAGGCAAGACAGUCAGCGUAUCCAUCGACAGGCUGAAACCGGCGUACACUGAAAAAGAAGACCCAAACCUGACGAUCGAGCAACCAACCAGCCAACCUACAAUAGCACGAACAGCUGAAAGACAGACUCGCAGCGGCCGAAAAGUACGCUUCCCGGACUUCUACCGACCGUAG